AUGGCCUCCCUUGCCUCUUCAGGGCCCACAGAGGCCGCGGCGGCGCAGCAUAGCGACGCCCACCUCUCCGCUUCUGUACCCGGCGUGGCCGGCGAUGCCGAAGAAGCCUCCAUUAUCACCAGCCCCUCCGGUGGCUUUUCCUCCAGCCUCCUGCCACGGCCACCUGCACCUGGUCAGCCGCAGCAGAUGAGCAGCGGGGGAAAGGAGUGCAAACACAGCAGCAGCAGUAGCUGCAGCAGCUGCAAUAAUAGCAGCAUUGAUGUUCAACCGAACUGUUCCUCGGUACAACCACAAGAGGAAUUUGAGAGGCCAGAAGCGCAGAUGGAGAUCUGUCAGUCUUCUUCCGGUUCUUCAUCCGCUUCGCCUUCCCCCCCCACGCAUGCAACCCACGGCGUCGGUCCCCGCAUGCGCUGCGUUUCCGAAGGCGCCCUCGGCGCUGCAGUGUCGGAGACGACUGCGACAGAGGAUAGCAAAGGACAUGCAGAUGAGGCUCCACGAACAGUUUCUGCAGGUGCUUCUGCAACAAGUGCAGCUGCAUCUGCAACGGGAGCAGCUGCAUCAGGUGAAGUGAAGCGGGAAAUCAGUGGUGAGGGAGCGUUGGUGUCUUCAUCCUCUGAGGGAGGGGAUGGGCAAGAUGCAAAAGAGCAGCAGUCCGCUGCAGCUCCCCUCGACAUCGCUUCUCUGUUUUUGUCUCCCUCUCAAGACUUAGACUCAUGGGCGCAGGAGGACGGCGAGCUUUUGCUGCCUGCAGGCUCUUUCGUAAGUGCGGACGCCAUCAGUUGCCACAGGGGGCCCAUGACGCUCGGCCGAGUCGCUAUGUUUCUGUUCAGUUUGUUCCAAGGGGAUGUACGCAUGGGCCUCCUAUCGGCCCAGGGGCGACUGCUUGCCUGGCGCUGUCUCCUCUACUUAGCGGAGCUGCACGAUCGUCAGACCGCGGGCACCGCCCAGCAGCAGCAGCCUACAGCCGCGCAGGCAGCUGCAGCAACAGCAGACCCCAGCAUGCGCAGGAGGCGGCUACAACGCGAAAGCGUUGCAACUUCCAAAGGCCGCCGCUCCGUCCGCCACGCCUUCCUCUUAGACCGCAGCGGCGCAGCGCGUCCUGCUCCUCCUACUGCUGUUGCUGGGACUGCUGCCGCAGCGAACCCCCCCGCUGCAGCGGGCAACAGUAGCAGCUACAGCCCAGGGGCGGCAGAUGAGUGGGCGGAGGCGGAGGAGGAGCCGCCUUCAGCAGCUGCGGGAGCGGCAGCAGCAGCUGCUGCCGCUUCUGCUGCUGCAUGCGCCACCAUGCGAGGGGAGCCGCCGGCGGAGGCUGUAGGGGAACAGCCUCGGAGCGCUCCUGUCCUCAGCGGGGCCUUGCUGCUGCAGCGGCAGCUGCAGCAGCAGCAGCAGCAGCAAGGGCAGCCGAGCUUGGGGUUUGAAACUAACUUUACUCGUUUCGUUGGGGGCACGAUUGACCGACGUUGGGCUCUGCAGCACAAGUGGCUACGGAUACCGGCGGGAACGUUGCAGGUAUCGGAGGAGGAGGGCCAGAAGGACGAUGAGACAAAUCAAGGAGAGGAGUCCAACACAGACGAUGAAGCUCUCGAUAUUCGAUUUGAAGAGUUCGGCGCCGCCACUGCACCGACUAUGUGGCCCAGGGCUGAGGCGCUCCCUGAGAAGAUUUUUGUAGGUGAGGCAACGGGAGGAAAAAGACAAGUGCCAUGCGGAAGCGUAGUGUUGGUUCAAUAA